ACUUCCGAACCGCCCGAUUAUAUUACGUAGCGUAGCGAAACCAAAUUAAAACAAGAGUGCCCCUCACUUGCACGGGCGCUAGCGCUAAACUGUUGGUGUCGUUUCGUGCUCUGUCCCAUCAAACUCACUUCAAUGCCGAUGUUCUUGAUGAUUAUGAGUUCCGGGCUGGAUUGGAACUUUUCGCGGGCGUGAUUGAAUUCGCCAGGGCGUGAACCGGCACGCCUGAGAGCUGCUUCAAUUCACUACAUCGGGAGUGCUAUUGCAGCCCUCCAUGUGGACGUCACAGCAAGAGUCAGGCAGUCAGCCUGAGACUGGUGCCGGCUCCGGAAUCGACUCCGCAGCUGAUGGUGACUCGGUCGCCAGGAACUCAGAAUCGCAGGGCCCACCGCCCGCGACCCCAGUAAACACGCGCCAGAAUGCCAGCGCUAGCAGCAGCCAGCACCCCACGGCCAACCCGACACCCUUCUCGUCGGCCUUCCCAACGGCCUGGGCCAUCGGCGCCGUGGCGCAGCAGGUGGCGGACGCAAACAACCUGGGCCCGCACAGCUCGGCGAUGGCCAGCAUGGUGCAGCCCCCCAGCGACCUGCUCCCCCAGGGCCUGCUGGCAACCCCCCAGCCCACCACGCCCGGCACGCUGCUCAACGCGCUGCAGUCGCACGCCGUGGGCGGGCUGACACUGGGACCCAACACCGCCAACCCCAACUACACCCCUUUCAGCAACGCCGCGGCCGUGGGGGAGUCGCCGGGCGCAUCCGCCGGCAACGGCGCCGCAGGCGGGCCGGGCGUGUCGCCGGGCCUGGUCUCACAGGGGCCUCUGGACUCAUUGGUCCUGCCCUCGCCCUCGCUUCUGCCUGGCGGCGUGCAUAGCCUGCCCACGCCCACCUCCUCCUCCUCGCACAUACCACACCCGGGCUAUGGCAACAACAAUAACCGCGUUUCAACCUCCGGCGGUGCGGGUGGCGCCGGCAAGGAGGCAACGGCAGACACCGCAAGCAGCAAGCCCCGCGGCGGGGCCGCCGGCGCGGGUGCGGGCGCUGGAGGGCAGUCGGGCUACCCCCCUGCCGGCAGCGGUGGAGGCGGCCGGGGCGGCGGCCAGGGCGGCUAUGGCCAGGGUUACAACGGCGGCCACGGCGCCGGCGGCCAGCGCGGCGGCAGCCAGGGCAGCGGUCCCGGUGGCGGCGGCGGCGGCGGCUACCGCAACCCCCAGCAGCACCUGCACCCGCACCCGUACCAGCACCCGUACAACUACCAGCAGCAGCAGCAGCAGCAGCAGCAGUACCCUGCAGGAGGACAGGGCGCGCCGGGUUCCCCGGGUAUGGGCUACAUGGCCGGAGGCGUCUACUACCCAGCCCGCGGCGGGGCCGGGCCCGGGCCCGGGGCUGGGGCGGCGAGCGCUGGCCGCGGCGGGGGCCCCGCCGGCGGCACGCCCAACUCCGCGCGGGAGCCGCGGGAGGGCAGCGCCGGCAGCGGGCGGCCGCAGGGGGCAGCAGGAGCGGCGGCGGCAGCAGCAGCUCGGCCCAUGCGCUCCGCCGGCGGCGCGCCGGCGGCGGCGGCAGCUGCCGGCACUGCCGGAAGCAGCAGCGGCGCGGCUGCCAAGGCGGGUCAGGGGCAGUAUGGAGGCGGCGGCGCGCAGGGGCCUGAAGCCGCGGCGGCGGCGGCGGCUGGGGUGCCGUACGGCAUGCAUGGGCACCCCAUGCACCAGGUGCCGUACGGGAUGUACGGCAUGGUGCCGCCGGGCGUCAUGCCGGUGAUGCCGGGGGCCGCGGUCAACUCGCCGCGCAGCAUGGAGCCGCACGGCCACAUGGGGCCGCACGUGAUGCUGCCGGGCCCGCACCCGCACAUGCACCCACACCCGCACCCGCACCCGCACAUGCACCCACACCCGCACAUGGGCCCCGGCCCGCACAUGGCCCCCAUGCACCACGCCGCCUACGGCCACAUGGGCCCGGGGCCGCACAUGGGCCCCGGCGGCGGCCCCAUGCACCACCACCCACUCCACCCACUCCACGGCGGUACUGGCGGCGGCGGCGGCGGCGGCGGCGGCGGCGGCCCCAUGGGUGGCGGCUACCCGCACCCCGGCCACGGCAUGCCUGGCGGCGCCGCCGGCUACCCCGGCGGCCACGUGUACGGCGCCGCCGCCGCCGCCGCCAUGCACUACGGAGCCGGCGGCGGCGCCGGGGGCGCCGGGGGCGCCUACGGCGGCGGCAUGCAGGGCCGAGGCAUGGGCGGCCGCGGCGGCGGCGGCGGCGGCGCGGGCUGGAUGCAGGGCGGGCCGCACGCGGCCGGCAGGGGGGGCAUGCACGGGCCGCUGGCACGUGUGGGCGGCGGCGGCGGCGGCGGCUCGGGCGUGGGUGACGGUGCGGGCGUGGGCGGCGGCGGCGGCGGCGGCGGCUCGGGCCUGGACAGCCCGCUGCAGGGCCGCGGCCGGGCGGGUCGGGACAAGGCGGACAAGAGCCGCGCCGUGAACGACCUGCGCGGCGCCAACCGGACGGGCAACGUGCGCGCGCCGGCGGUGGUGGCGGCCUGUGCGGCGGCGGUGCCGGCGCUGGACGCGCAGCUGACGGUGCUGGCGGCGGAGCUGACCCCGGGGCCCGAGGAGCUGGCGGCGCACGCGGCGUCGCUGGCGGCGGUGGCGGAGCUGGUCAACAGCCGCUGGCCGGACGUGACCGUGCACGUGUUCGGCUCUGCCGCCAGCGGGCUGUGCCUGGCGGGCGCCAACGAGAUGGACGUGACGGUGGUGGUGCCGGGCAUGGGUUGGGACGACCACGUCGCCAAGGCGGCCUUCGUCACGGAGCUGGGCGACCUCGCCUCGGGCGGAGCCACCACCGCCGCCGCGGCCGCGGCAGCCGCGCAGCACGCAGCCAAGAUGGCGGCGGCGGCGGCCGCCGCAGCGGCCGCAACGGCGGCGGUGGCGGCGGGCACGCCGGGGGCGGAUGGGGCUGCAGAGGCGGGGGAUGCGAAGGAGGCGAAGGCGGAGGAGGGCGCGGAGGGGGUUGGCACCGAGGGCGAGGGCGAGGGCAAGGGCGAGGCGGCACCUCCGGCGGAGGCGAACGGCGCGCCUGCCGCCCCCAGCGCGGCCGAGCCGGAGGCUGCUGCUGCUGCAGCGGAUGCGUCUCCGGAGCCUGCUCCUGCCUCUGCUACUGCUGCUGCUGCUCCUGCCACUGCUGGGGCUGCUCCUGCCACUGCUGGGGCUGCUACUGCCGCCACUGCUACUGCCGGGGAGCGGGUGGCGCCCAUGGAGGCUGUGUCGGCCUUCCCCAAGGCGCGCACGCCCGUGGUCAAACUCACCGUGCCCAGCACCAAGACGCGUGUGGACAUCACCAUCAACAACCUGCUGGCGCGCGCCAACACGGCGCUGCUGGCCAGCUACGUGCGGCUGGACCCGCGGCUGAGGCAGCUGGCGCUGCUGGUCAAGCACUGGGCCAAGACGCGCGGAGUCAACGACGCCUACAAGGGCUCGCUGUCCUCCUACGCCUACUCGCUGCUGUGCGUGUGGCUUCUGCAGUCGCGCCAGCCGCCGGUGCUGCCGGUGCUGCAGGCGCUGCAGCCGCACACCUACGACGCGGUUGUGGGGCCCUGGCGCUGCAGCUACUGCGACAGCCUGGAGGGGCUGGAGGGCUUCGGCGUCGCCAACACGGAGACGCUGGCGGAGCUGCUGGUGGCGUUCUUCGACCACUGGGCCUGGCGCCACGACUACAACGGCGCGGUGGUGUGCGCGCGCACCGGCGGCACCGUCAGCAAGGCGGCCAAGGACUGGACCAAGCGCCAGGGCAACGAGCGGCACCUGAUGUGCAUCGAGGACCCCUUCGAGCUCAACCACGACCUGGGCCGGACCAUCGACAAGGCGGCCGUACAGGUGCUGCGCCGCGAGUUCGAGCGCGCGGCGCGAGUGCUGGCGACCAACCCCGACCCCCUACCCGAGCUGCUGGCGCCCCUGACUGCCGAGGAGGAGGCCGCGAUCGCCGCCGCCCUCAGCCGCCGCAAGUCCUCUCGUGAUAAGGAUAAGGACAAGGGCGCUAAGCAGCAGGCCAGCGGUGCGGCGGGCGGCGCCGGCGAAGGGGGCGCCGGUGGCGGCGCGGCGGGCGCGGCGGCGGGCGGCGCGGCGGCGCUGGGCGGCGCCGGCGCCAGCGGCGGCGUGGUGAGUCGGGGGAGUGAGGAGGUUGGCUCGGAGGAGGGCGAGGAGGAGGACGAGGAAGGCGAGGAGGAGGGGGAGGAGGAGGAGGAGUACGCCGCUGCCGAGGAUCAGGAGCCGGAGGCUGCACGGGUGGAGGCGGCGGCGGCGGCGGCAGGUCUGAGCAGUGCGGUGGCGAGCCUGGAGCUGAAGGAGGCUGGCAGUGAGGGGCAGGCGUAGACAGCUGCGUCUAGCUUGUCGGCUCGUUGUUUGACGGCAAUACAAUCUGAGUUUGCGCGUGGGUGCUGAGGAGAAGCAAGAUAACACGGGUGCAACAUGGUCAAGCCACACACGGAAGCGCGCUUGCGGAAGCCGGGAACAUGACGGUACAUGGCCGGACUUGGCGCCUAACCAGCAUACGGUAUAGCAACAACGCGACACAUCCCUGCUCUGCCUAGGUGCCUUGCACGGCGAUGCGCGUUCGGAUGGCUUGUCUUGUGAGUAUGCAAAUGAACUUUCAUCCCUUGCCCUGUUGGUGACCCCAAUCGACGACGGGUGUUUGUAUGCGGCAGGGUGAAGGAGCGGGGUGUCCAUAUAGCCUGCUCGUGUGGACAGCAACAAACCAGGGCCAUGCUGCAGUGCAUUCGGAGGGAGCUAUGCGCAGUACAGCCUUGUUGCGUUUGACGACGGGAGAGAAUGUAUGUAGGGUGGUGACUGGUGAGGCUCUGACAGGCGUGUCGAUUCUCAGGCGUCAAUGAUGCGAGCUCGAAUGCGGUGGUACGGUUGGCGCUUUGGCGUAGCCACGGGCAAGGAAGGCCGAUGGCCGAUAGUAUUCGACUUGCGCAAAUGCGCGCUCUCGCUUCCUACAGCUUAACAAUGAGACCUGGUCUGGUAGCUCUGCAUGCUCGAAGAAAUGGUGGAGAUGCAGAAACGGAAUGCUUGCUGCCACUGAGAGAGGGAAUUCGACGACCGUGUGCCGGAUCACGCGCGGUGGUGCUGGGUGCAAAAGAUUAUGGUGUGUCACCACUGGGGGUGUGCACGGACGGUGCUGGCUAUCGGGGUCCGUUUGGGCCCAAAUGAUUUUGAGGUGCGACGCGGAAGAGCUGUCGUGGGAGGUGCUGUGAGCCAAGUGCAGGCCGCCUCGUCACAGUCGGAGCUGGGUGCGCGGGUGUGAUGCAUGGAUCCAGAGCGCCAUGGUGUUUCGAUUUUGCGGCGCCAAUUAUUUACCCGAGCCCUUUUGCCGGCCCGGACAGCUGCACAAAUGUGCUAAUUGAGAAGCGAAGUUAUCAAGUGUGGGUGAAUGGCUGUGAGGAACACCUGUUCCUGACGAGUGGGGCUGUGCCAUGGCCGCACAGGGUGGCCGAAUGGUGUUGGAGGAGCGCCAUACCCAGGGCGGCACCUGUGCGGGGGCAACUCCGGGCCGGCGCAAUCAAGGGGCACCCGUGGGGGCGUCUCCUGAUGUUCCUGACAUUCCUCGAGGUAACGCCCGGUGAAUCGCCCAAGGCCCGACGCAACGGUGGACUGUCAGAUGUUCAGGAGGUCCGGAGCGCUCGCCACUCUCAGU